UCCUAAUGGAAGGGUGUCUCAAUCAAUACAUCAAGACGGCUGUUAACAGAUUAUUAUAAUGGAGCAUGCACAAGUUUUCUUUUGUUUCAUGUUGGGGUUUAGAAAAAAAAAGCUGUAGAAAUUACAAUAAUGCAAAUCUUGCCUAUUUUUAAAUAUGUAAAUCUGCAUGCAGCAUGAAACAUCCAGAGGGUAAGGAAACUUGGAAGCUCUGAAGUGCGGAUACAUUGACUACCGGAAGCUGGUUUCUGAAGUCACUGUUAAGAAAAAGGAGAAACUCUACACAUGCUACUAUCGUUUUUAUUCAAGCACUGAAAGAAGCAAGUCCAACAGAGGAAAUAUUCCAUAUAUUGCACCAUAUUCCAUUUCAGUGGAUGAUUCUGUUCUACAAAAAGGCAGCCAAGGACUGGACAUGUCAUCUCUUGUAAAGGAAGACAUGGAGAAAAAACUCUUCAAGCCAAAGGGACAUACGUUGUAUGAGUUUAUAGAGACAAAAUCUCAGCUUAAAGAGAGGUUUUAUUUGUGUACAUCAGUGGCGAAACGGAAGGAGGUUCAUAUAUCUCUGGUAAAGCACUAUAGAGUAUGUCUAGAUGAGAAGUAUGAAAUAGCAGAGAUAUGGCUUCUUAAAGACUUGGAAUAUAUUGAUGGGAAAGAUGCUGAUACAGACAACUCACACUUUGAUAUGAAGUUUGAGGAAAUCUGCAAUAUGGAGGCAUACAGCUGCGCUUCAAAAUAUGCCUUUGCGCGAAGUGUAAUCAAACUAAAUACACUCUACACCAAAAGAGACAUAAAGGUUAUUAAUUUUGACUCGUCCUACAUAGAGGAUGGUGUGAUCUGGUCUUCCAACAAUGGCGACUGCUUAGUGCUUAUGAGAAUAUGCUUUUAUGCUUCAAACCUUUUAUGUCUCUCCUUAUGUCCUCUUCCAUAAUUAAUAUAACUGACUAACUGAUAAAUUGGUCCACUCUACAUUUUUUUUAAGUUAUGUCCAGCCAUAUUGAGCAGGAUAGCUAUAUAGCAUGCAUUAUGGAGAUGCUAGAGUAUGUGAGUAAAUUGGUGCUCAUAUUGUUACUGUACCCUGUUGGGACUUUAAAUGAUUUAUGAAUUAGGGCAGUUAUUAUAGUGGUACAGGGGCACAGCUGUAUGGCAGAGUGGACCUCGUUUUCUUUAAGAAAAUGGAAUGAAAUGAAAAACAGAUGCCUUCUUGUGAAGAGAACCAAAAUUAUAUAUUUGUGUGUAUAUAUACAUAUACAUUCAGUGAGGCAAGUGAGUUUGACUUGCGUUUCAGUAUACACUUAUAAUGGUGUUUUUCAUUUUUUAUGUUAAGGGUCAAAAAAAAACAAAACAGAGAGGUGUUUUCAGCUGUGUCAGAGGUCAAAUGCAAUUUUGAUAUACGGACACAUCAGAAACACAGCACACUGAUGUGUGUAGACAGUAAAUGUUUGUAACUGUUCAAUAAUCAUCAUUGGUGGAUUCUAAUGGAUGGAUGGGGCUCCAAACUUCAGAGAAGCCAUAAGUGGACAAACAGGUCUUUGGGACCAUUGCAACAUUUUCAAGCUUCACUGGAUUGUGUUCAUACAACAUCCUUUCUCUACCCUAAUAUUUUUCAGAAUUCUGUUUGAUGUUAAUCUCCUGUAGCCAAGUAUUACAAUUUUUCUUUGUUUAUAAUUACUUGCUAACAUGUGUGAUAAAUUUCACCAGGGUAGUUAGCUUUAGCAACCAAUCUUCUCACUUGUAGUAAACCAACCAAAACAAUAAGAGCUAUGGUUAACUGCACCAGUGGUGGGUCAAGCUGGCUAGGCGCCCUAGGCCAAUCUUUUCCCCCCUCCGAGCACAUCAAUAGCAGGGAUGAUGGGAAAGUAAUGCUCAGGGAAAGGCAACGCGCAGGAGGUGGUGGGACAGGGACCCAGACUAGGCAACAGAAGGGGUGCCCAGCACCACUCCACCACUGUGCCCUAUGCAUUUACCUCUUCUGACUACCUCUAGUUCUGGCCCGGAAAUGCACUGCAAUAAGUAUGUUUACCUCUAGUGGGAAUAAAUAAUGUAAUAUAAGCAUAUUAUAUUGCUCUGUGUGUGAAUUAAAACCACACAUGACAAUCCCGGAAAAACCCCAUUACAGAGAGAUAUUGCACAAUGAUGAUUGCAUUGAUUAUACACCACUUCAGACCUGAUGGUAUCCAUUUAAGUCAAUAGAACAAAUUCAGGCAGUAACAAACUGUGGUGUAAAAAGCAGUUGCAUUUAAAUAAGUUAAGUUUUUUGCAUAAAAUCAGUACAGAUGGAAUUUGGCAUAUAUCAAAUAUUGUAUUUAUACACCUUUAUAAAUAUACCCUUAAAUAUGUAAUUUGGUCUUUUAAAAUUACAUAUUAAAUUAGUUUGAACAUACUCUGAUCUGAAAAAAAAACAUCUAUUCACAUUUCUAAAUAAAUCUAUGCUGUAUGGCUGAAUGUGAACACUUUUAGUUCUAGAUCCUAAAAAGUAAGCCACCAAUCAGCAAAGACUUGAUAUUCACAUUCCCUGCUUUAACUGGCACACAGCACCAUCAUGUGUUCAUAUUAUAUAUACAGUAUUGUCUGUUUUUAACUGUUUAUCUAACUGUAAAUAAAGUUCCACUUUUGGAAAA